AUGAACGGGACGGGCCGGGGGUCGUGCGAACGCGGCGGAGCUCUGCCGGCCGGGGUCCGACCCCUGGUCAGCGCCCUGAUGUUCUCCGCCGGGCUCCUGGGCAACCUCCUGGCCCUGGGGUUGUUGUUACGUUGCCGGCGCGGUUCCCGCAACCGUCAGCCUUCGCUCUUCCACGUCCUGGUGCUGGCCCUGGUCGUCACGGAUCUGCUGGGCACCUGCUCCGUCAGCCCCUUCGUCCUGGCUUCCUAUCACCGCAACCGCACCCUGACCGCCCUGGCCCAAGGAGGACGCAUCUGCCUCUACUUCGGCUUCGCCAUGAGCUUCUUCGGCCUCGCCACCAUGCUCAUCCUCUUCGCCAUGGCGCUGGAGCGAUGCCUGGCCCUGGGGCGGCCUUACUUCUACGAGCGCUUUCUCAGCCCCCGCACGGGCUUGGUCGCCCUGCCCGCCAUCUACACCUUCUCCGCCGCCUUCUGCUCCUUGCCGCUGGUGGGCUUCGGGCGGUACGUGCAGUAUUGCCCCGGCACCUGGUGCUUCAUCCAGAUGCACCUGGACUACCUCCGGCACAACGGCGGCAGGGAGGCGUCCGGGUCGGACGUCACCUUCUCGCUUCUUUACGCCACCCUGCUCCUCUUCCUCAUCCUCUCCGUGCUGCUCUGCAACCUCAGCGUCAUCGCCAACCUGGCCCGCAUGCACCGCCGCGGGCAGAAGACCCGCCGGCUGGCCACGCUCGAGCAGCCCCGGGCGGCUGGCAGCUGCGGCCGGCGCAUGUUGUCCAUGGCCGAGGAGAUCGACCAUCUCCUCCUCCUCUCCAUCAUGACCAUCACCUUCGUCAUCUGCUCCCUGCCGUUCACGAUCCGCGCCUACGUGAACAAGUUCAGCGAGGCGGAGGACAACCACAGCUGGGACCUCCUAGCCCUGAGAUUCCUCUCCAUUAAUUCCAUCGUCGACCCUUGGGUCUUCGCCAUCCUGAGGCCGCCGGUCCUGCGGUUCAUGCGCUCGGUGCUGUGCUGCCAGGUGACCCCCGCGAGCCAGGACAGACGGACUCCGUCCCCCGCAAAGACAAAACUGGCAGCACGGCUGGACCCCGGUGGGCAGUAGAUCCAUCGGCCAUUCCAGGAGACAUCUGCCAGGUGAAGCACAGCCCUGACAGAUGUUAACGAAGCUCUGCCUUAUGGCCCAUAAAGAGACGUAUCUGCUGCAGGGUGGGCCAGGGUACGGGGUGGCCCAGCCGGGUGUCACCCCGUGUCUGGGAAGCCCCUGGAAAGCCAGUGUGGUCUCUGACGGGGCAAAAAAAAUACAGUGGGACAAGAUCGGAAGGGCUGAUGAGUACCUGGAUAUCGCUGUCGCCCUUAGACGGGGCUGCUCCCGCCCGGCGAAGGGUGCAGGCUGCGUUCAGCGGAGCAGUCGGGGGGUGAAGCAUGGGGGGCUUUGCUGUAACACUACUGCUGGGGGGGGGUGUCGGGGAGCAGAGCCUUCUGCUAGUGUGCUUCCCAGCAAGGUCCCCACGGUUGUUUCGGGCUGAAGGCAGUGUGCGGGCAGGGGUACGGGUCCUGGAGAUGAGGCUGGGUGGCCACUGUUGCUGCAAGCACCCGUCUCUGCCCCCAGGUCCUUAGGGAUCGGGUAGGAGAAGAAGGGAGCAGUGUAUCCCCAAAUAUUCCCCUUUAUUAGGUAGGCUGGCUGCCUGAGGAAAUGCACUUUACCAGGUCUGUGUGCAUGUCUGUCUGUCUGUCCCCCACUCCAGGGAUUUUAGGCUCUGGUGGGUGCCAGCCCACCAUGUCUGAGGGACACUGGGCAGAAAAAAAAGCCCAAAAUUGUGGCACUUCCCUAGUGCUGUGAUGGCAGCAGAGCUGCGUGGCCCCUCCUGAGCACCCAUUUUGCAAUUUUCUUUGCCCUGUAGUUUGCACAGGAGCUGACAAGGGGACUAAAGAGCCCGACCAGGGAACGAGAGGUUUCGGUCACAGCCAUGCGCUUUACCCACAUGCAGGGUGAUGCUG